UGUGUAUAUCCCUUGUUGCCUGUGCCCAAGGGUGUGCCCUCCCACCCUACAGCUGUGCCCAGGUGAGAGCCCCUGCACGCUCUCUGGCUGUGCUGUUAAAGGGCUGUUUCUCUAAGUGGUAUAAAUUAUGGUAAACUCAUGUUUUAAAAUCAGGUCCUGAAUCUAAGCAAAAGUUGACCACUUUUAAUGAAGAUGCGCUGUAACUUACUUUUAAUGUAGCCGUGCCAUUCUAAUACUCCACUCUCCCACUUAAAAAAACUCAUAUUUGUGCUGAGCUAACCUUUUGAACUGUUCUCAUAUCAGUGCUCUAGCUACAAAAAAGUGCCGUACGGCUAGAGCGCUGAUUGGAGAACAGUUCAAACUGUUAGUUUAUCAAAAAUAUGAGUUUUUUUGAAGUGGGCAGUGGUAGCACAGGGUAUUAGAAUGGCACUGCUAGAUUAAAAAGUGAGUUAAAAGUGAUCAAUUUAAGCAAUAUUUUAGAUGGACUUUGAUUUUGGACCUUAUUUUAAAACAUGUCAAGUUUACCAUCACUUUAAAGGGAUAUGAAAGUCAGAAAAUGUUAAAAAAAAAAUAAAAAUAAAAUAAAAAAUGCUCUAAUAAAACUGUUCUGUGAAGUUUAAAUGUUUUCAUGGUAGGUCACUAAAACAUGCACCUCCGUCUGUAUGCACUAUGCAGAAUAUUGAGUGUGGGAGUUUACUGACAAAUACAAUUUUCACUGCAGGGCUACCUAUUCUUCCCCUUUUUACUUUGCUGUAUUUGUGCCUCCCACCUCCUUCUUUCUGUGAUUAUUUAGCUUUCCAGUUCCUCCCCUCUCCCCCCCCCCCCCAAUUCACCGGUCCCUCCCAUGGACUGGGGAGGAGCCGAGAGAUCUCACGUCAUGAAACUGCCUGGAACACUGAGAGAAAUCUAAGAUAGCCUGACACCUUCUCAGCUGGAGUUUUUUUUAUCCUUGUGGGAUUAUGCAUCUGCUGGCCUGAGUGCAGGGACAAUUCCAGGUCACCUCUCUAGGAAUCUCUGGUCUCUCUAGUGUUGGAAGUGCUGGAAUAAAUUGCAUCUCUAUGGUGUCGGGAAGCACAGGAGAUGCUAAGGGUGCGCUAACAGCCAUGUUUGCAAAGAAAAAGAAACGCGUUGAGAUCUCUGCCCCGUCAAAUUUUGAGCACCGGGUACACACUGGAUUUGAUGAGCAAGAGCAGAAAUUCACCGGGCUCCCUCGGCAAUGGCAGAGCCUGAUCGAGGAGUCGGCUAAGAGGCCCAAACCUCUGGUGGACCCAGCAUGCAUCACUGCAAUUAGACACGCCCCUCAGAAGACCAUCGUACGUGGAAACAAGUUAUCUCGAGAUGGGUCUCUGGCGUGGCUCCUUGACGAGUUUGAUAACAUGUCUGUGUGUCGCUCCAACUCCUUGCGCAAGGACAGCCCUCCAUCUUAUCCCCGGGAUGACAGAUUGCCACAGGAGAACGGAGUGAGUGAUCGGCGAAUAAGACAUUCACACGAUGACAUGGGAAGAGGAUCUGAAAGAAUAAGGCAGGAGCACCACCAUGGAAAGGAACGGCCAAGGGAAGAACAGAGAGUAGCUCCUCAACAACCUCGGGGGCAGGAACCAAGCAACAAGCACCGCCCUCCCCCACCAGACUACCCUAAAUCCCAUGAACACAGAGCUUCUCGUACUCAUGAAAGAGUUGAUGUGAGGAAGGAGAACCUGGAAAUUAACCGGGAGUACAGUGAACCUGCUGAUCGUGUUGUUAGAAGGGAGAAAGGAGAAGAGAAGAGACCAAAAUCCUCUUACACAGGGGGUGAGGGCAGCCCGCAGUCACCCAGAGAUAAGCGGCCACUGUCAGGCCCCAAUAUCAGGACUCCAAGCAACCCUCCUAGUGAGGGAUCAGGGAAACCUACACAGCAGGCAGGGCGACCGUUCAACACCUACCCAAGGGCAGACACAGAUCCCAACAGAGGGGGCUCUAACCAGGAAUCUCGCACCACAGUACCACUCGACCAGAAAAUCCCAGCUGGCAAAGUUUCAUCUAGGCAGCAGCAAGGCCAGACUAAGCCCAAACCUCCUGAGAAACCUCUUCCCUCUGGCCUUUCUCCUCAUAGCUCAGACCCUCAGCUUUCAAGACCCGAACAGUCCAAACCACCACCUCCACCCGCUCAACCUCGCUCACCACAAAGAGAACCUCAGCGGGUGUCUCACGAGCAGUUUCGGGCAGCUUUGCAGAUGGUGGUGGAUCCUGGUGACCCAAGGACAUACUUGGACAACUUCAUCAAGAUUGGGGAAGGUUCAACAGGCAUUGUGUGCAUUGCUUCUGUCAAAAGCACGGGGAAGUUAGUGGCUGUGAAAAAGAUGGACCUGCGCAAGCAACAGAGGAGGGAGCUGCUCUUCAAUGAGGUGGUGAUAAUGAGGGAUUACCAGCAUGAGAAUGUGGUGGAGAUGUACAACAGUUACCUAGUGGGUGAUGAGCUCUGGGUCGUCAUGGAGUUUCUGGAAGGUGGAGCCCUAACUGACAUUGUCACUCAUACUAGAAUGAACGAAGAACAAAUAGCGGCCGUCUGUGUGUCUGUACUUAAAGCACUCUCUGUCCUACAUGCACAAGGCGUCAUCCAUCGUGAUAUUAAGAGCGAUUCCAUUCUGCUUACACAUGAUGGCCGGGUAAAGCUUUCAGACUUUGGAUUUUGUGCACAAGUCAACAAGGAAGUACCACGUCGUAAGUCUCUGGUUGGGACUCCCUACUGGAUGGCUCCUGAACUGAUCUCAAGGUUACCUUAUGGACCAGAGGUGGACAUAUGGUCUCUGGGCAUUAUGGUGAUAGAGAUGGUGGAUGGAGAACCCCCUUAUUUUAACGAACCCCCACUGAAAGCAAUGAAAAUGAUUCGGGAUAAUUUACCCCCUAAACUGAAAAAUGCACAGAAGGUUUCCCCAUUGCUAAAGGGGUUUCUGGAUCGGCUCUUGGUGAGGGAACCUGGCCAACGAGCCCCAGCUAAUGAGCUUCUGAAACAUCCUUUCCUAGGGAGGGCCGGCCCACCCUCUUGCAUCGUUCCACUGAUGAGACAGAAUAGAAUGAGAUGAGGAGUUGGGAGAUGUCAGACCAAAGACUGACCUUAUUUUGGGGGGCAGGGAGAUGAAUGUGUCAGCCAAACCCACCUCAAUGUUGUUCCAGGAAACCUGGGUAAAAACUACUAAAUCAUUACUCUUCCAACAUAAACUUCUAGAUCAGCACCAAUCACAACCCUAUUUGAUCUUUUUAUAAGUUGCAGUUAAUCUCCCUCCCUAGGAGCAUUAAGAUGGUAAGACCGACACUGUCUCACCUGCCUUAGAGUGCUCAGGUAAUUUAUUUGGUAAGGAAACAUGAACAGUAUGGCCUUAUCAUGGGAAUAGGAAGAUACCAAGACAAAACUCAAAAUUCAUCUCCAACGGGAAUGUUUGCACAUUGUGUUUAACUAAACUUGGAUAAUUUUUGUUCUCUGGAGAGCACUUGGAUAAACACAAAAUAUGCACAUGUUUAUAUGAAAAUCUGGGAGAAUACACUGGAAAACAAACUUAAUGCUUUGUCCAGGAAUGGCUGGAAUGUGAUUACUAGACUGAGGUGACCGCUAACCACGUGAAUAUUAUUUUUUCAUCUCCAGUCAGUCAUCACAUGGAGCAGCAUAUGAGCCAGCAUUUUAGUGUAGUUAGGCAGGAACUUGUUUUACAAGUUUCUUCAUUUAAUGCCAGCUCAUACAGAUUUCUUUAUUAUUAUUAUUUUUUUAUUAUUGGGGAGAGGUAGAAACCUGGCUAUGAUUGACCUCUUUUUGUUCUCUAUGUUCUCCAAAACACUGUCCAGCUUCAUCUAAGAAGCAUAGCCAGCUUUGCCUGAAACUUUCAGAGCCAUUUAUAUAAGGCUAUCCUGUUAGUGCACUUAGGACACAUGUCAGGUUAGUCGUCUUAUCUGUAGGACUGGAUGAUAGUGUUACUUUAACCCAAUGUGUCUGUUGAUGCCCCUGAAAAUGAUAUGAAGAUUUGAAUGUUGCACUGAAACUCACUGGAAACACAAGUAUCGGCCUGUGAUAUAUCAGCCCUAGAUGCUAGAAGGAAUCUCUUCUAUUUAAUACAUUCAAGACCCCUGGUAUUAAACAAAACCCUACUGGUUAAUGCCCAUCUUUAUUCUGCACUUUUCUCACCAAAUUACAAAACCGUAAUCAGAUUAAAAAUAUAUAAUAUUCCUUACUAAGUUUGUAUCCCACCCCAGCAGGGCGGCUAUGUGUACCACUGCCUAUAACUAGGGAUAUUUUGUUAUUUUCAGGUCUAAAGUCACCCCCUUCUUGUCAUUUUAGCAUUUCUUCUGUGACUAUACAGUUUUAUCUCAUUUUGUUUUAAUUGUAGUUUGUUCUUCAAAAUUGUCACAAAACUACAGUGACUGCAACGUGUUUGUGGGAAGAAUGAUAUCUAAAAGGUUUGAGUUCAUGUUGAAAAAAGAAAAAAAAACUAUUGGAAUGUGCUAGCACACGUUUAGGGCCUAUUUGAAAAUCUACAUUAAAAAAACUGGAUAUUCAGGGGCGAACAUUGCAAUAAGUGUAGCCAAGAAAAACUGUAUUUCUCACAUUUUGUGAUGAAUUGUAUUUUUGGAAUACUAAGCACUGAAAUAGUGGUAUAGAAAUGCUUAAGUAAUUUAGCGCUAAACGCUGACAACGGUUUGACAUCCUGUGGGAUCUUCUUCUGCUUUGCAAUACAUUUGAAGAAGUGAGAAAGUGUUUGUAUUAUGAGUGCAUCUGUUUAAAUGUCCAUUACAGUCAGUAGUGCCUUAUUGUAUUUUUACUGGUAGAACUAUACAAUAAUUCCUGUAUUUGCAUUCAUAUCCCUGUACAGAAUGAAGUACCCCGACAAUCAGCUAAACUGUGUUAUGUAAGCAAUACGAAACAAAGACACUAAAACUGGCGAGUAGCAUUGGGGAAUAUUCCCUUGAUAUGACUUCCAGCUCUUCAGAGACUACUAGUUCUAGUUUUAUAUAUAAUAUAUAUUUAUAAAAUAUUUGUUUUGGAACAUGAAGUAUUCGUACAUCUGAUUGUGACACAAACAAAUCAGGCUGUGAUGCUAAAUGAUCUUUGCUUUUCAAUUUAUUUGUACAAGAAAUUCAACUGUAUUUUGCAAAGUUGUUGUUUUUUGUUUGAACAGAACUUAAAUAGACACUACUAGUUUUACAAAUACAGUUUUUGGACAAAAA